AUGAUCACAAUUAAGGUGCCCUGCUCUUCUGCCAACAUUGGACCUGGCUUUGAUGUGAUUGGCUUGGCACUCUCACUAUGGCUCGAGAUCGAGGUCACCACUGGUGACCAGGCUUCCCAAUCAGCUCCGCACAACUGCCGGAUCACGUACGAGGGUGAAGGUAAGGACAAUGUCGACCUUAGCCCAAAUCGCAAUCUCAUCACUCAAACUGCGUUGUACGUGCUACGAUGUCAUGAGAUGCGAGACUUUCCUCAACCAACACAUGUUCACAUCAAGAAUCCCAUACCACUAGGACGCGGUCUCGGGUCCUCUGGUGCGGCUGUUGUAGCUGGCGUGUCAUUAGGCAACGAGGUCGGCAAGCUUGGAUUGUCGAAAAGCCGCUUACUGGACUUCUGUCUCAUGAUUGAGCGACAUCCAGACAAUGUCGCUGCAGCCUUGUACGGAGGUUUCGUGGGAUCCUACCUGAAGGAGCUCAAUCCAGAAGACAUGAAGCGUAAGGAAAUUCCUCUUGCUGAGGUACUACCCGCACCACAAGGUGGGGAAGAUACUGGAUUAACACCGCCUAUACCGCCACUAGACAUCGGCAAGCAUAUUCGCUUUCCAUGGGCGAGCGAGAUUAAAUGCAUAGCUGUGAUACCGGACUUCGAAGUUCCGACUUCGAAAGCGCGGAGCGUCCUGCCAACCACCUACGACAAGGCAGACGUUAUCUACAACCUACAGCGAGUAGCAUUGCUCACUACAGCUCUGGGCCAAAGCCCACCGAACGCCGAACUCAUCUACGACGGCAUGCAGGACAAGGUGCAUCAACCGUACCGGAAGACUCUGAUACCGGGCUUAACAGAAAUCCUUCGGUCUGUGACGCCAACCUCACAUCCAGGCUUACUUGGCAUAUGCUUGUCAGGCGCUGGACCAACGAUCCUGGCACUUGCCACAGAUAACUUCGAUCAGAUUGCGUCGCAUCUCAUGCAGCAAUUUGGAAAAGAGAAUAUCAACUGCCGGUGGGAGCUACUGCAGCCGGCAUAUGAUGGCCUUACCGUGACUCACACAGACGGCAUUGCUGGUGCCGAGGGUAUGACUUACGCAGAAGCUGGUGUUUCGAUUGACUCGGGCAACGAGCUUGUCCGCUCGAUAAAGUCUGCAGUGGCAGCCACCAGACGGCCAGGUGCAGACGCCGAGAUAGGCGGCUUUGGUGGCGCACUUGACUUGGCUGCUGCUGGCUAUACUGAGCCCCCGAUCUUGAUUCAAGCAAUAGACGGGGUCGGUACGAAGCUGAAGAUAGCCUUCGCGAUGGAUGAUUACUCUAGCGUAGGCAUCGAUCUCGUGGCAAUGAACGUCAAUGAUUUGGUUGUACAGGGGGCCGAACCUUUAACAUUCAUGGACUACUAUGCUUGCUCGAAACUCAAUGUCGCGGAUGCUGUCCGCUUCAUCGAAGGCGUGGCGGAAGGUUGCAAGCAAGCCGGCUGUGCGCUUGUUGGUGGUGAGACAGCAGAGAUGCCCGGUAUGUACCAAGGCAAAGAAUUCGAUGCUGGAGGGGCUGCAACCGGCGCCCUAAAGAAGGGUCAGAAAGUGCUUCCAGACAAAGAGGCUAUGCGCGAAGGCGACUGUCUAUUAGCAUUGAGAAGCAGCGGCGUACAUUCGAACGGCUUCUCCCUCGUACGAAGGAUCAUCGACAAGCGUGGACUUUCCUACACGGAUAAAGCACCCUGGGAUAAUAAUACGACGGUUGGAGCAAGCUUGCUCAUACCGACCGUGAUAUAUGUCAAGACAUUGAUGCCGGCUAUCAAGCAGGACCUUAUCCUCGGCAUGGCGCAUAUCACUGGUGGUGGCCUGGAAGACAACAUUCCGCGCAUGCUGCCGAAACACUUGGCAGCGGAGAUAGACGUGUCUACAUAUACAGUACCUCCGGUGUUGAAGUGGCUCAAGCAAGCUGGCAACAUCAGCGACCGAGAGUUUGCACGGACUUGGAACACUGGGCUGGGCAUGGUGCUAGCUGUUUCGGAUGCGAAGGUGGACAUCGUGACAAAGGUGCUCUCAGACGCGGGCGAGACUCCCAUACGGAUUGGCUCUCUGGUGAAAAAUAGCGGUGAUAGCGUUCUUCUGCGCAAGACUGAAGACUGGUCGUGA